AUGCACAAGAGUAUUUUAAUGUUACUACUUCUUUCAUUGAAUGCAAAAGCUGAAGAUUUGCCAACUUCUUCUUCACAAGAUGUUGUUAGCAGUUUUCAACCAAGCCUUGCUGUUGUUAUCGGUGUCCUCUUUAUCAUGUUUUCACUAACUUUUCUUCUACUCCUCUAUGCCAAGUUUUGUCAUACGGCAUCUUCUCAUAUUCAGGCUGAUGGAGGACUUGUUCGAUCAGUGUCUCGUUCCUCAGGUAUCGAUAAAACUGUGGUGGAAUCACUCCCUUUUUUCAGAUUCUCUUUACUGAGAGGAUCAAAACAAGGACUUGAAUGUUGUGUUUGUUUAUCAAAAUUUGAAGAUAUUGAAAUUCUUAGACUGAUUCCAAUGUGCAAACAUGCAUUCCAUAUUAACUGUAUUGAUCAAUGGCUGGAAAAACAUUCAACCUGCCCUCUUUGCAGGCAUAAGAUAAGUUGUGAAGACCUUUCAUUGCUUACAUAUUCAGAUAGUUUGAGAUUCUUGGGGAGUCAGUCUGAGGAGCUAGUAAGAGAUGACGAAUCAAACUUGGAAAUCUAUAUUGAAAGGGAGGAAAAUGGAACCGAAGAGUUGCCAAUACAAGAAAAAGAACUACACAGGUUCAAUCAUAGGAUCAUAGUAUCAGAUGUUGUAUUCAAGAAUCGAUGGAGCAAUGUCACUUCUUCAGACCUGAUAUUCUUGAAUUCAGAAAUGCUUAAUGGCAUGACAAGCAAUAGAUUCUCAUCAAUGGAUAGAAAUGCUGAGCAAUCCACAGUGAUAGAAGAAGAGCAAUCGAUCAAUAUCAAGGAUGAAAAGAGAUCCAUGUCAGAAAUUAUAGUGUAUUCAAGAUUCAACAACAGGAAUCGAGAGCUUUCAGUUCGGGAUGAAAGGAGGAGGAAACUUUGGCUUCCAAUUGCAAGGAGAACAGUCAAGUGGUUUGCUAAUAGGGAAAGAACAGAAAACACAACACAAACACUAAAUGUAUAGAAGAUUAAUUCCAGUCAUGCACAU